CUUUCGCAACUAGCAAGAGUUUUGAUAGCGAACUAAAUAAAGCUUUAUCUUUUGUUGCAAGAGGAAAACUUGAUGAAGCUAUUGCUAUAUAUUCUUCUGUGUUAAGAAGUGAUCCUUUUAACAAUGUUGCAUAUUAUCAGAGAGCUACUGCAUUGCUCAUACAAGGAAAAUUUUAUGCCGCCAUAACUGAUUUAAAUAAAGCGCUAUCGAUUGCUCCUAACUUUCACGAAGCAAGGAUUAAGCGCGAUGAACUUUAUAUAAAAGUUGGUUAUUACAAGGAAGCACUUGAGGACGCUGAAAAACUUUUAAAAGAAAAUCCUUCCGAUUUGCAUGCUAAAAAAAUGGCAAAGAAAAAUCGUGAGUUACUAGAUAUUUAUAAGGAAGUAGAAAACUUAAUUAAACGAAGACGUUUUGAAGAAGCUGUUAGCCGCCUUGAUGUGAUUAUUGAAAAUUCUAUUGCCCAUUACGAGGCGCGGGUCCUUCGAGCUGAGUGUUAUGUAAAGUUGAACAGGCGAGCCGAUGCCAUCGCCGAUUAUUUACGCUCUGUUCAUUUAAAAACUGACAACACUGAAGGGCAUUUCAUUUUGUCCCAACUUUACUUUGAAGAUGGUCAACUGGACUCCUCGUUAAACCACGUGCGCCAGUGCUUGCAAUUGGACCAAGAUCAUUCUAAAUGCAAAACUUUUUAUAGAGAAAUAAAAAACUUGCGCCAAGUAAUGCAAGCCGCCGAUGAUGCCGUUAAUAAAAAAGAUUGGAAAACGGGGAUCAACAAGUACAAACAAGCACAAAACUUUCCGAAUAUUCCGCUGGAAUUUCAAAAGCUUGUGGCUAAGCAGUUGUGCAACGCUCAUCUCAAAGAUUCUGGUGAGCAAGUGGCUUACGACGCGUGCAGUAAAGCCAUCAAGUUAAGCCCACGUGAUCCAGAACUUUACUGUAAACGGGCAGAGGCCUCCAUCUCUCUUUCGAACUAUGAAGAGGCCAAAGAAGAUUAUCGGAAAGCUUUAAAUAUUGAUGAGAACUAUUCUGCUGCAAAAGACGGCCUCCAUCAGGCCGAAAAAUUAGCCAAGCAAUCAAAAAAGAAGGACUAUUAUAAAAUAUUGGGGGUUAAGCGCACUGCUACUAAAGAAGAGAUAUCGAGAGCUUUUCGUGAGCUCGCUAAAAAGUAUCAUCCCGAUAGAAAUAAAGAUAAAAACUCUAAGGAGGUUGAGCGAAAGUUUAUAGAGAUCACACAAGCAAAGGAAAUUUUAACUGACGAUGAAAAGCGAAGACAAUACGACUCAGGAGUCGACCCGCUAAAUCCUGAACCGUUUCAACAUGAUUCUUGGGAAAACGUGUUUCAGUUUCCUAGCGGCUUUAACUUUCAUUUUCAGCAAGGAGGGCAGCAGUUUUUUUUUAGAAGGGGCUAAAGAAUAGUUGUUGGUGCAUGAAUAUGAUUGUUGCAACAACUA